UAACAGUAAUUUGGUGCGAAUAGAGAAUUUUCCUAACGCUGCCACCUAGACGAUCCUCCGGCUAAACCCACGUUCCUUGUUCUACUCUAUUCACUCCACAUUCUUCUACUUUCUUCACCGAUCCUCCUUCUUCCGCAAGUCUGCUACUGCUCUCUCUCUCUCUCUCUCUCUGAUCAGUAAUGGCGGAAAUGAAAUUCAUCGUUGUCCUCGUAUUGUCUCUCUGUGCGAUCUUUCCUCUGAGCUUAGCCACGUCCAAUGACUUUCAGUACUGCAGCAAGAAGAAGAACUAUGAUGUGAAGGUCACCCGAGUUGAUAUAACACCUUAUCCUAUUCAAAGAAGUGUAGACACCACUUUCACCAUAUCUGCUUCCACAGAUAAAAGCAUAUCUUCAGGGAAACUCACGAUUGAAGUCAAAUACUUCUUUUUUAGCGUCUACAGUGAGGACCAUGACCUCUGUUCAGAGGCAUCUUGUCCUAUUUCUGCUGGUGAUUUCGUCAUUGCACACACCCAAGCUUUGCCUGGAAUUACACCCCCUGGCUCCUACACUCUUACAAUGAAAGUGAAGGAUGAUAAGAACAACGAGUUGUCAUGUAUCAACUUCGACUUCAGCAUCGGAUUUCUUGCAGAGGAACCCAAGGCAGUUGCUGAUAGCUAGGCACUUAAGGACUCAUCACCUACUUGUUAUUAUAGUCCCCCCACUAUCAAACUGAUCCCUUUCAUUGUUCUUCCCUGUGCCUUUUGGUCUGGUUUGUAAAAAUACCUUAGACAAGCUAUGUGUGGCGGGGCAUAUAUCUUCUCAGCUACGUCUCUGCUGCUACUUUUUAAUUAGCAAGACUAUGAAAAUCUAUGUGGUUACUCUGUUCCAUGUUCAUUACCUGCUAUUGUGUUACAAA